AUGAUGCAAUUCAUGCAAUAUUUUUCUAAUUUACAAAGUUAUUUUUAUGGAAGCAAUUCGUCAAGUAACUCUUCAUGCCCAUCUUCACCUGUGCAAUGGUGUUUUAAUGAUAUCGAUGGAUAUGAAUUAUGUAUUCGAAAUCCUACACUUAUUCCAACAUGCAUUUUAGCUUUAACAAUCGGUCUGUUUUGUUCUAAACGUAUUUCUAAAUUACCCGGAACAUUUUCAACACGAUGGCUAUAUCAAUUAACUUUUUUUCUUUAUGGCAUCAUGAUGACAUCAGCCGGAAUAUUACACUGUUUUUUGGGCGAUCCACAGAAAUUAUCGAAUGCUCUUCAAGAUAAUGAUAUCAAUUCAUCUGAAUUUAUGCAAAUACUUUUUGCAGUUAUUGAUGUUGGCUUGACAACAAAUAUUGCUGUUAGCUUUUUCUUUUGUGGUUUAUGCGAUAUUAAGUUUUUAAAUCCAGAAUCAAAAUUUACUCGCUUUUUACUGAUGAUUUCAUAUUGUAUUGUCUUUCUUUUGUGGACUUUAGGAAUAUUAAAUCAAUGGACUUGGACAUUUCAUGUUCUUUAUCUUGGAGUUGUAUCUGUUUGUUGUUUCAUCUAUUUACUCACGCAAUUAUGUAUUAAAUCGGCUCGUCGUGCUUUACCGUCUCUUAUCUUCGGUGGAAUCUAUGGAGCUAUUGGUUUAUUUGCAGCAUCGAUCGGAGCUGACCAUGUUUGUAAAUCAGAAGGUCCUUUUUGGUCACAAUAUAUUGGACCUGAAUUUCUUUGGUUUCUUUUUUCGGAUAUUAGUAUGGCGUUUGUAUUCUUAUAUGUUAUACAGGUUAAUCGAAAAAAGAAAACUGUGAUUAAAAGAUAUCCGGUUGAUAUUGAAAAAAAUCCUGAGAAAUUUUAA